CCUAGAGGGAGGUAAAGUCCAAGCAAGCUAUCCCCAGGAGAUCAAAGGUUUUCUGAGUUGCCAUUAACAGCCCGGAUGAGAUUGCUGACACUUCUGUGCUGGGAGUGAUCUUAAAAGAUGGUCUUCAACACCUAUUUCCUUACAUAACCAGCAGAAAGGAAGUGAGAAAGAAUUACUGGCAGGAUUGGUACAAAGCCAGUCCCCCUGGAAGGGUUCUUGGCAGUCAGCAAAAUGUGCUGCAGCAAAAGACACCAUCUGCAGUGAGAGAGUGCCUGGUGGGUGAUGGCCAAGCGACUUCUGGUGGCUGUUGCCCUGUGGGCUCUGGGAGGCCCUGCUGGAUUCCAUCAUCUUUACCUGGGCCGUGAUAACCAUGCACUCUUGUGGAUGCUGACUUUGGGGGGCUUUGGCAUUGGGUGGCUCUGGGAGCUGUGGCUGCUGCCUGGUUGGGUCACACAGGCCAACUGUCCCAUGGAACAGCACUGUGAUGAUCCCCCACAUUUCAGCCCUGUGCGCUUCCUUGGCCAAGCCGUAGUGGGGAUCUACUUUGGGUUAGUGGCCCUUGUUGGCCUCUCAACUCUACCUGGCUUUUACUUUCUGGCUCUGCCUCUGGCUGUGGGCCUUGGAGUUCACCUGGUAUCUACAGUGGGUGACCAAGCCUCUGAUCUUCAGGCUACACUAUUGGCUGCUUUCAUAACUGCACCCAUCUUCUAUGGCCGUCCUGUGGCUAUCUUGCCCAUCACUCUUACCACAAGUGUGACAGCCCAGCGGCACAGACACUACAAAGCCAGCAGAGAUACCCGUGAGAAGCUUAGUGCUCGGUUGUACCGAUUGGGCCUGGCCUACUUGGCUUUCACGACACCCUUGGCCUAUUGUGCCUUCUACAACACAGCAGUUACUGCCACCUACAUAGCCAACGGUGUUGGAGCUAUGCUGGAUUGGCUCAGUGUGUUUCCAUCACUGAGUGGCACUCUGGAGUCAGUGCUUCUCCUACCAUAUCAUGCAUGGAAGUUGAUGGGUUUCAGUGGUGGCUCCUUCCAGGAUUGGGAGAAAGUUUUUGCAUUCGUACAGUCUUUCCAGAGCGAGAGGCAGCAGAUGGCUUAUAAGGUCUUAGGCAUUCAUGAUGAUGCUACACCUGAAGAAAUCAACAAGAGCUACCGGGAGCUGGUGAAGCUUUGGCAUCCAGAUCACAAUCGACACCGGGUUGUAGAGGCGGAGAGACGUUUUAUUGAAGUGCAGGCUGCCUAUGAGCUCCUCAUGGAGAUAAGGAAACGUAAAACUAAAUGACUGGAACUCUAUUGUCCUAAUAUAUUUAGGGACCAAAGCAUAACUUUUGAAGCUGUCAUAUUUUGAGUGCAAGUACUGUACUGGCUGGAGGAUUUAGGGAACUGUAGACCAAUAAAGUAAAUGUCCAUGUCUGGUAGAUGGAGGAUACACAUGCUAUAACAGACCAUUCCAUUUGUCCAUAUGCUAAAUGGCCAAUAGAAUCUCCCACUGUUUUUCAGGCUUUCUGGUUCUCUGCUUAUCAAGGACGCAGUAAUUUAAAGAGAACAAGGCCUUCUGGUUCACUUUCUCUGCAAGUCUUAUAACACAUGAGUCUUCUCUUUGUCUUUCUCUUCAGGUUGACACAGGAAAAUAAUGAGCAUUGUCAAUCUUUGUUUUUUCUGUACAAGGUAGGGACUACCUUUAUUAAAUAAGCAAAUUGUUAAAACUGGGCCGGUGGGUAUUAUCUACGUGUAUUUUUAUUUCAGAAACCUGUACGGUGGGUUCUUGGUAUUUGCUGGGGUUUGGAUCUAGGACUCUCCCAUGGAUACCAAAAUCCAUGGAUACUCAAGUCACAUUAAAUACAAUGGCAUAGUAAAAUGAUGCCCCUUAUAUAAAAUGACAAAAUCAAGAUUUCCUGUUUGAAAGGUACCUUUUUUUCCCAAAUAUUACAAGCCGUGGAUGUUUGAAUCCAUGGAUUAAAAAAAUUUGUGGAUAUGAAGGGCUGACUGUAAAAGAGGAACUAGACAAUUGUCACUAUUGAUUUAUUAAGAUAACUAUUUCAGCUGUAUUUGUAAGCCACCUUGAGCAAUUUUAUACUGAAAAAGCCAAAUGCAAAUUUCUUAAAUAAAUAAGCAGUUAUUCUUGGA